AUGAUUCUCCUUCUAUUUUUCACUAUACUCUUGUCAUGGCUGUUUUAUGAGUUGUACUGGAAACGAAGGGGGUAUCUGGACGGUCCAAUGCCUCUGCCAAUUGUUGGAAAUAUGAUGCCUAUUCUGAAGACGAAGCCGGGAUAUGAGGCUUUCAGGCAGUGGACGAAAGAGUUUGGAGAUGUAUUCACUUUUUGGCUGGGCAGUAAACCCUAUCUAGUGGUGACCUCCUACAAACGGCUCAAGGAAACCUUCAUUCUUGACGGUGAUGUCUACGCGGACAAGGUGCACCAGCCCUUCCAAGAUCAGUUCCGUGGUGGAAACUACGGUGUAAUUGAUACCAAUGGACAUGUUUGGAGUACACAUCGUCGCUUUGCCCUCACUACGUUUAGAGAUUUCGGAUUAGGAAAAGAUUUGAUGCAGGAGAAAAUCUUGAUUGAAGUUGAUGAAAUGUUCCGGAAGUUCGAUGAGAAGCUAGAAAAGGAGCAGGAAAUUCCGGGAGUUUUGUACAAUGCCGGAGCCAAUGUGAUUAAUCAACUGGUUUUCGGAUAUCGGUUUGAUGAGAGCAAGCAGAAAGAAUUGAAGAAAUUGAAGGCGUUGAUGGAGUUUCAAGAGACGGCCUUCACCACUUUCAAGGUUCAUGUUCAAUUCUUUGCUCCGGCUAUUGGAAGGUGGUUACCUGGAAAAUCAGUGGAAGAGCUACUCGCCGAAUUCACAGUAGACUUCUAUAAAUUCUUCGAUAAACAAAUUGAAGAACAUCGAUCGAAAAUUGAUUUUGACUCUGAAGAAAGUUUGGAUUACGCUGAAGCUUAUCUCAAGGAACAAUACAAGAAAGAAGCGGAAGGAGACCAUGAACUGUUCAGUAGCAAGCAACUUUCCAAUAUGUGUUUUGAUUUGUGGCUUGCUGGAUUGUCCACAACGCAUACCACUAUGACAUGGAUCAUUGCCUACAUUAUGAAUAAUCCGGAUGUUCAGAAGAAGAUGCAUAAGGAGUUGGAUGAAGUGAUUGGAAGUGAUAGACUUAUCAGUACAAGUGAUAAGAACAAUCUUCCUUAUUUCAACGCAGUCCUCAAUGAAUCUCAAAGAUGCGCGAAUAUAGUCCCACUCAAUCAAAUUCACUGUGUCACAAAGGAUACUGUAAUCAAUGGAAUGACCGUGAAGAAGGGUACUGGCAUCAUCCCACAGAUAAGCACAGUAUUGUUGGAUGAGAAAGCGUUCCCCGAUCCAUACACAUUCAACCCGGACAGGUUUAUCGAUGAGAAUGGAAAACUGAAAAAGGUUGAUGAACUUGUUCCUUUUUCUGUCGGAAAGAGACAAUGCCUUGGUGAAGGACUCGCACGGAUGGAGUUGUUCCUCUUCAUUUCUAACUUUUUAAAUAGAUAUCAGGUAACACCAGCCUCUGCGGGUCCCCCAUGUCUUAAAAAGGAGACAAUGUUCAAUGCAACUCAAAGAAAAAUUAAUGCAAUUUUGACAAAAAGGCAUUGA